AUGACCAGUCACUGUAAUGAUACAUUUCAAACAGACCUGUUACCCCCCAUUUAUGGCGUGGAGCUGUGUGUGGCACUGGUGGGGAACAUAUUUGCCCUUGUGUUGCUUAUAAUCAAGGAAAGAAAGAACUGGCACACUGAAGUGGUAUUCUCCUGUAACCUGGCCAUCAGCGACAUCCUUUAUGUCCUCACUCUUCCACUUCUUAUCGACUUCUACUCAAAAGAAUGUACAUGGAAUUUUGGGAUUACCAUUUGCAAAAUCGAGCGCUUUCUUUUCAUCUGUAACAUGUAUGUAAGCAUUUACUUCAUCAUGUGCAUCAGUGUUAAUCGAUACCUGGCCAUAGCUUAUCCCUUCUUUACUCGAAACCACGUGCGCCCGAAACAUGCCAAGAUCAUCAGUGUGCUCGUCUGGAUCUUUGUGGCAAUCAUGUCAUCUCCGAUUUUCUACUUCGCAGGUGUCGAUGAGAAUAAUCAAUGUUCCUUAUUUGCAGAUCUAUCCCAUAAUUAUAGAGUUAAUACAUGUAGGUGGUUUAUGGCCAUUAUGGGGUGUUUGGUCCCAUUUAUAGUUACUUUUGCAUCCUAUUUGGGUGUAAUAUGGGUGGUUUUUAAAAAUGCAAACAUCACUAUAUUAGAGAAGAUAAAGGUGGCUCUGAUUGUGGGUGUGGUCUGUAUACUGUACGCCAUUUCAUUUGUACCCUACAUUCUGCAGUUAUGGGAAUUUUAUCUAAUAGAAAAACAGAUAAGAAACUGCUCUGUGUCAGAUGCAUACCAAGUGUCAAAGGCACUAGCUUGCCUAAACAUGUGUCUUCACCCCAUCCUGUAUUUGGCUGUGUCUGAUGGUAUCAGGACAAUGUGCUGUAGAAGGAGCUCAGAUGAAUAAAUGUUUUAAUACCCUGGUUUUUAUAGAUGUGUAAAUACAAUGUUCUGUUAAUAUUGAUGUGAACUAAUUGAUUUUGUUUUGUUUUCUAAAAUGUUCC